AUUGCUAAUAAUCAUUUAAUUGAUAAUGAAAUGAAUGUUAAAGAUGGAUUGGCUAUUGAUGAUAAUAAAUUGGCUUCUAAGACUCCUGUUGAUGAUUAUAAUUGGGCUUGUCCUAUUUAUCCUAUCGAUGAUAAUAAAGUUCCUCCAUU